GCCACGUCGGAGAAGUCUGAGUUGGAUUCCCCGCGCGGAGCAGGCUGGAGACAGUUCUGAAAGACAUGGACUUGGACGCAAUUACAAAAUAUUCCACAUUACACGCCAAGCCCAAUGGACUCCUUCUUCAAUAUGGAACGGCUGGGUUUCGCACGAAGGCGGAGCAUCUUGAUCACGUCAUGUUUCGCAUGGGCCUAUUGGCAGCGCUGAGGUCAAGACAGACGAAAUCGACGAUAGGAAUCAUGGUCACCGCCUCACACAAUCCGGAGGAAGAUAAUGGUGUGAAAUUGGUUGAUCCUUUGGGUGAAAUGUUGGCACCAACGUGGGAAGAACACGCUACCUGUUUGGCAAACGUCGAGGAGCAGGAUAUGCAGAGAGCGCUGACUGACAUCAGUGAGAAAGAAGCAGUGGAUUUGCUGCAAGAUGCUUUCGUAGUCAUUGGGAGAGAUACCAGGCCCAGCAGUGAGAAACUUUCACAGUCUGUAAUACAUGGUGUGACUGUGUUGGGAGGUCAAUUCCAUGAUUAUGGCUUGUUAACAACACCGCAGCUGCACUACAUGGUGUACUGUCGAAAUACCAACGGCCAGUAUGGGCAGGCAACUGUGGAAGGUUACUAUCAGAAACACGCCAAGGCUUUUGUGGGACUUACCAAACAGGCUUCCUACACUGGAGAUGGAUGUAGAACACUGAAGGUUGACUGUGCUAAUGGUGUCGGGGCCCUGAAGCUGAGAGAAAUGGAACACUACUUCUCCCCGGAGCUGUCAGUUCUCCUGUGCAAUGAUGGGACCAAAGGGAAACUCAAUCACUUGUGUGGGGCUGACUUUGUGAAAAGUCAUCAACAACCUCCUGAGGGAAUGGAAAUGAAGCCCAAUGAAAGAUGCUGUUCCUUUGAUGGCGAUGCAGACAGAAUUGUUUAUUACUACCGAGAUGCUGAUGGCCACUUUCAUCUCAUAGAUGGAGACAAAAUAGCAACGCUCAUUAGCAGUUUCCUCAAAGAGCUUCUAUUGGAGAUUGGAGAAGAUUUGAAGGUUGGUGUUAUACAAACUGCGUAUGCAAAUGGAAGCUCAACAAGAUAUCUUGAAGAAGUGAUGAAGGUACCUGUCUAUUGUACUAAAACUGGUGUGAAACACUUGCACCACAAGGCUCAAGAGUUUGACAUUGGAAUUUAUUUUGAAGCAAAUGGCCAUGGCACAGUAUUAUUUAGUAAAGUUGCUGAAAUGAAGAUAAGACAACUAGCACAGGAACUAGAAGGUAAUAAAAGGAAAGCUGCUCAGAUUCUUGAAAACAUUAUUGACCUAUUUAACCAGGCAAUUGGUGAUGCUAUUUCUGACAUGCUGGUGAUUGAAGCAAUUUUAGCUUUAAAGGGCAUGACUGUACAACAGUGGGAUGCUCUCUAUACGGAUAUUCCAAACAGACAACUCAAAGUUAAGGUUGCAGACAGGCAAGUUAUUAGUACCACCGAUGCUGAAAGACAGGCACUUACACCCCCAGGACUGCAGGAUGCAAUCGAUGGUCUGGUGAAGAAGUACAGACUUUCCCGGGCUUUUGUCCGGCCCUCUGGAACAGAAGAUGUAGUUCGAGUGUAUGCAGAAGCAGAUUCUCAAGAAAGUGCAGACAGCCUUGCACAUGAAGUAAGCUUGGCUGUCUUUCAGCUGGCUGGAGGAGUUGAAGAAAGACCCCAACCAAGUUUCUGAAGACAAUUUAUCCUGAGAUGCUGGAUAUUUUUAAUGUUUUUUUACUAAAACACUACUAGAAUAAUUCGUUAGACAUAGGUAAGCCUUAUACUUCAGUUUUUAAAAGAAAAAAACUUACCUCAAAUUUGAGGUAAGUAUUGGAUCCAGUCAUUGACAGUUGCUAGAAAAUAAAAGCUUAUUUAUUAA